ACAAUUAAUUACAAUCGGAAAACAAAUAUAUAAAAAGAGAAUUCUGUAAAUGUCUAUAUUAUUUAUAUGAUGAAUAAUUUCUAAUGAAUGAAUCAUCUAUUUUUAAUUGAAAUGUUUCGAUGAAUUACUAUUUGAGUGUGUGUAUUUGUUUGUUUGGCAAUAUUAAAAUAUCCGAAAUUAUGUUGGUGGUGGAUGGCCCAAUACACGAAAUGUAUAAAACAAACAAAUCGAAUGUCCAUCGAGAGUUAAUUUCCAAUGUCCAUCGAGAAUUUCUUUAGCCAAUACAAAAUCAUAUUGAUGAAUUCAUGAAUGAUGAAUAAUUCACAAUGUGAAUUUUAUAUUAUUAAAUUCUGAUAUUUAUCAUUGAAUGAAAAGCAUUCUUGUCAACCAAAAGAACGAAAAAUGAUGACGAAAAAAAAAUCCAUUAUCAAGCCAAGCCAAUACGAAAAAAAGUUAUAAUUAGAAUGUCGAUAUUUCAUUCAUUUAUUCAUUUCAUACAGAAUCGAAAAAAAACAAAACAGACGAAAUAUUCUAAAAUAAAAAUUUUGACAUAUAUGCUUCAUAGCAACAGCUGAGAGAAAAUAAUCAACCAUCAUCAUCAUUAUCAUCAUCAAGGACAUUGUUGUUGUGCAUUGUUGAGUUAUAAGCAUUCAUUGAUCUUGCCGCUUUUGUGUUGAUUAGAUAUGAUUAAAUUUUUGAAAAAUAUAAAAUUUGCUAUCGGUGUCAUAUCGACCAUUGCAUUAAUUUUAUCGGCAUUUCGUUUCGAAACUCUUGAUACAAAUGAUGAUGAUUAUUUCGUUACAUCAACAUCAACCGCUAAUCCAAUGGCAAUCAUAGAUAAGAAAAUAUUGGAUGCAAUGUCAAAAUUUGAUCAUAAUCUCCGUCAUCUACAAUUGAAAGGCAAAGAAACAUCGGCACGUCAUACGGAUUGUUCACGAUUAUUACCAGAUUUUUAUGAUGCCAUUAAUGCAGCAACCAAAAUUAAUAACGAAUUUCGUAAAUUACUUUCAUUAUAUAAACAACAACAAUCGUCAAUAAAGAAUGAUAAAUCAAAACGGUCAUCAUCAUCGGAACGACGUGGUCUUAGAAAAAAUUCCAAAACCAUUUCCUAUUCCAUACAGAUUGGAUCAAAAAUCUAUGUUAUGAGUUUCUAUUGGCCACGAUUAAUCGAAGCAUUUUUUGGUGCCGAUGUUGAUUAACACAAACACAUGGUGAACAUUCAUUAUUGUUUCAUUUGAUUCACUCCCGAGAAUUUGUUGAAGAAACCAAAAAAAAGGAGAGACCACCAAAGAGAGGGAGUAAUGAGACUCAUGUACAUCAAUUUAAUCAUCUAGGCCAAUUAAAUUCCGAUUCGAAUUCCCCAUGAAACCGAUAUAUUAGAAAUGGAAAAAAGAAGUGAACCUUCAUAUAGCUCGAGGUGGUUGUUGUCCGAUCAACCAUUUGAAUAUCAUAUUUUUUGCCCAAUGAAUUUGUUAAAUGUCUUAAAUGAAUUCGAAAAAUGAUAAUUUUUCAAUGGAAAAUAAAAUAAAACAAAAAUUUAUUU